GCACUAACGGUGUGACUGGCUCCCCAGUGCGCACGUAAACCAUCGCAAUGGGAUGACGUAGAGGCGCAGUAUAAAAAGGAAGCCGCGAAGACUCGCUUAUCCAAAUCAAAACAAAACGGACAAGCCCAAGAUACCGGACAACAAUACGGUAAGAUGGACUCAUAUGACCACUAGCCACCAAACGGAAAUGGCUUCAAUAAUCUUCGCAGAGAGAGAAAAUGCCAGCCUCCAUACACCUGCGCUAAAGAUGCGCCAGCGGUUGAUAUCUGCUCCAGAAAACCUCUUGAAGACUCCUCUGACAGGAAAAAAGUUGCAUGUUCCUUUACAGUCUGGUCGCAAGGCUUUGGGGGUAGUGAACAAGAUCACCUCAACUCCAACUGUAAAUGGACAAGAGAAGAACAAACUCCUUGAGACACAGGAAACCAAAGUUAAAACCCUCCCUCAGACCAAAGUAAAAGAAUACCCGGAUAUUGAGAGGUUUAUCCCGUAUGACCCACUUGAGUUUGAAAAAUAUGUCAUCCCAGAGGAUGUGGUUUGCCUGAGUCAGCUUGCUCUGCCAGGACUGGGAUGUCUUCCACAAAUGCCAUAUCUGCCUGAAGAGGACUUUGAAGUGCUCGAGACAUACACACGUUUGUCUCCAUUGAAGGACCUGCGACGCGCAGACAAUUGCGCUACGGAAUUGGAUGCCUUCCUUCAAACUAUCAACGAGCUGACCAUCGACCUGCCCCUAGAGAUGAAUGAAUAAUGAGUCUAUAGCUUUGUACAGUUUUACACUUAAUCUGUAUAAUUGUUUUGUUUUUAUAAAUAAAGUUUAAGCCUGAUAGUUUUA